AUGGAGUUUUCGGAUCCACCUGCGAAAGCAUCAUUGUGCUGCGAAGAAUCUGUCGAAAAUGCUCCUCCUACUUAUGCAAUGUAUGAAGCUUUAAAAGAUUCCUGUCAAAAUAAUGCUACAUACUUCCAGCCUGAUGAUAGUGAGAACGGUCAAAGGCUGUAUCAAGGGUUCAUGACGCUCAUAGAUCAUAUUGACACAGUUUGGCCUCUCGUUGAUCACGUCCGAAAGGUAGCGCCAUUGUACGACUUCGAUAUAAAAUCGCCAGGCAAUGGAUAUCGAAGUUUCGUUUCCGUCGUAGAUUCUUGCGUGUUGCACGGAUUGAAGCUGAGUCGUCAAGUCUGCACUGGGAGAGAUGCAUUGCUCUUUCGGAAAGGUUAUUUUGUGAAGGAAGUCGAAUCAUGUGGACAACUGUUAGCUUCUUUGGGCACUUGCUUACAUCACCUUCAAACUCUCCUAUCUUGGGCGGCGCCAGGGGAACUGUUUCCCACCGAAGAGCACUCGCCAGAGGAACUAUUCUCGCAAGCCGACACUAUAAAUCAGUAUUGCUUUUAUGGAAGAUGUCUUGGAUUUCAAUUCUUGCCUUCAAUGCGUGGUAUACUCAAAGGGAUAUCUAUAUGUAUGGCAGGGUUUUCAGAAGCCUAUUACAGUCAUGGGAACCUGAUCAGUUCAGUAUGGACGGGAGGUCAAUAUUUAAUUGAUCCCGAAAUGAGAGCUAGAAGAAUUGUUAAUAUAUCACAAUCAGCGAGUGUUGAAUUCUGUAAGGCGUUCUGGUUUCUGGCUGAAAGUGAGAUAAUGAAACGUGUGCCAAGUUUAAUGUCAUCGACGGUAGCUGUUAAUAAAAUAAUAACUUUACCCCCUGAGCCCUUAGUCGUCACUAAUAAAGAAGGCAAAGAACUGACAGUCCUACCACCAUCUAUACAUAUAGGCUUGCAGGGGCUUAAUCUUAGGCUAAUUAGUGUUAACAAAAGAGCUGGAAUGGCAGGCGAAGGAUCAACUCUACCGCCAGCCGAAGGCGUCAUUUUUCACUGCCAUGGGGGUGGUUUUGUAGCACAAAGUUCUAAAUCCCAUGAAACGUAUCUUCGUGAAUGGGCGGCAAAAUUGAACAUGCCUAUAUUAUCUGUGGACUACAGCUUGGCUCCACAGGCACCAUUUCCUAGGGCAUUAGAGGAAGUAUUCUACGCGUAUUGUUGGAUGAUAUGCAAUUUCCAAGAAAUCGGUACUACGGGUAAAAGAAUAGUAUUCGCAGGCGAUUCCGCAGGCGCUAACCUAAUAGCAGGAUGUACAUUAAAAAUAUUAAAGGCUGGACUUCGACCACCGGACGGGCUAUUCAUGGCGUAUGCGCCUUUACUUGUUAGCUUUAUACCGAGCCCCGCCAGACUGUUGUGCCUGAUGGACCCCUUGCUACCCUUCGGGUUUAUGAUGAGAUGUCUUAAAGCUUACGCCAGUCCGAACAAAGGGAUUGAUAAACGCUCAAGUAAAGAAAAUAGCACCUCCAAUGCGACUACACCGAUUGAAGGCAAUGGCUUCUUAAAAGUUAGCCCGUCACAAGAAGGUAUAAGCGAAGGUCCAUCAUCAUUCGAAGAGGUGUCACCAUCAGAUCUGGCCGAACUACAGGCGCACAAGUCCGGGAGUGAGAGGAGGAAAUCUUCUGAUACUACCAUCAGUGCUGCGUCGUUACAAAGCGAACAUACGGCUACUGGUAUAACCCCUAACGAAGACAAAUCCCAACAGUACGUGUCGGACUUCCUGGAGCGGUACGUGUUCGACAGCGACACCGAUUCGGAAGGGAGACGAUUUCCUGUCAUCAAACCUAACAAUAUACAGAAGGAACCCGAGUCAGAAACGUCAAGCACAUUAGUCGGUGAGACGCCAUUAAUACAAGAUGAGGAGCUUAAAGACAAGAAGAGAAUGAAGACACGCAUAAGUGAAGCAGCGACCGGCUUAAUGGGCGCUAUGUCGUCCCGCCUCGCGUAUAUAACCGGCUCUAAUAACAUAAGGCCCACGCAGGAAGAGCUAGCAGUGAGAUCCAACCUAGACGCUCUAAUAGCGCGUAGUCCGUCCGACGAGUUCAUAUUCUCCGUGCCACGUGAUCCUCUGCUGUCGCCAUAUUGGGCAGAUGAAGAGUUGCUCAAGAAAUUCCCACCUGUUAGGCUACUGACAGUGCACCUCGACCCGUGUCUGGACGACUGCGUGAUGUUCGCUAAGAAACUAAAGGGUUUGGGCAAUGAAGUCGGUAUAGACGUGCUCGAGGGACUGCCGCAUGGAUUCUUAAAUUUCUCACUGAUGGCCAGAGAAGCGCACGAAGGCUCAAAUCUGUGUGUGGAACGUAUUAAACAAUUGCUAGACUUAGAGAAUCACGCGACGACCCCCGACCAGUUA